AUGGUCCCUUUGGGUGACAUCUCGUUGGACAGUAGCGACUACGAUGAAGUCAAGUUUAUCAAGGCCAGCUUCGUCUUUCGAUCGGCGCUGGAUAAGGAGUCUGGUCGCAUUGGUAGCAAUGCCUCGGGUUCGUUGGUCAUGACGGUCAGAAACGAGGGAGACGACUGCGAGGCUUUUCCGCUCACUGCAAGGCAAGACGAAUGGUUGGCGGGCAGGCGGGCCGAUGUAGAUAUUGACGCUUACUACGACGGCCUGGCCGAGCUCGGGUAUGGAUACAUCGGACCCUUCAGGGGCCUCGCCAGCUUGCAACGAAGGCUAGGUUCUGCGAAGGGCAAGAUAGGCCAUGAGCUCGAAAGCCAGGAGGACCUCGAGAACCAUCCGCUACUGUUCCACCCGGCCAUGCUGGACACGUCAAUCCACGCGCUGUUCUAG